AUGUGGUCAGUGGAACAGGAGUUCCUGGAUAGAAAAGUGAAUCUGCAGUGGCCACUGAAAUGUUUAUUAACCCCCUUCCCCCCGAGUUCAGUGGUGCCUUCGACCCCGGCUAGCGGGCUGGCUGUGGGUGGAGGCUAUCGCUCAGGCUGGGUUCUGGCGACGGUGAUGAGCAAUGGGCUCUGGAGUUCUGCUUUCCGAAAGGAGAUCGGCCGGAUCGCUGAGGAAGAGCUGAUGUGUUGCUCGCCCUUAAACGCUCCUCAUUGUGAACACGCCUUCUGCAAUGCCUGCAUCACCCAGUGGUUCUCCCAGCAGCAGACCUGCCCCGUGGACCGCAGCGUAGUCACUGUGGCCCACCUCCGCCCCGUGCCCCGGAUCAUGCGGAACAUGCUCUCCAAGCUGCAGAUCACCUGCGACAACGCGGUUUUUGGCUGCACGGCGGUCGUGCGACUCGACAACCUGAUGUCUCACCUCAAUGACUGUGAGCAUAAUCCAAAGCGGCCGGUGACGUGCGAGCAAGGAUGCGGCUUGGAAAUGCCCAAAGACGAGCUGCCGACUCACAACUGCAUCAAGCACUUAAGGUCGGUGGUGCAGCAACAGCAGACGAGAAUUGCUGAGCUGGAGAAGACUUCAGCGGAGCACAAGCAUCAGCUAGCCGAGCAGAAACGGGACAUCCAGCUGCUGAAGGCCUACAUGCGAGCCAUCCGCAGCGUCAACCCCAACCUGCAGAACCUGGAAGAGACCAUUGAAUACAAUGAAAUCCUAGAGUGGGUGAACUCCUUGCAGCCUGCCCGGGUGACGCGAUGGGGCGGGAUGAUCUCCACACCGGACGCCGUCCUCCAGGCGGUCAUCAAGCGCUCACUGAUGGAAAGCGGGUGCCCCACGUCCAUCAUCAACGAGCUGAUCGAGAACGCCCAUGAGCGGAACUGGCCGCAGGGCCUGGCCACCCUGGAAACCCGCCAGAUGAACCGGCGCUAUUAUGAGAACUACGUGGCCAAGCGCAUCCCCGGCAAGCAGGCCGUGGUGGUGAUGGCCUGCGAGAACCAGCACAUGGGGGAGGACAUGGUGCUCGAGCCGGGGCUGCGGGAUUCCCCCCCCGCCCGCAGGGCCUCCCCCCGGGGCCCCUCUGCCCCCCCCACGGUCCCUCUUGGGCCCCACAUCCCCCCCCGUGCCCCAUAG